UUGGUUUUUGUUUUUUUUUUUUUAUGGGGACGACAGAUGAGAUAAUUCCUGACUACUCUGGUCAUCAGACAACACAGUGCUUGUACAAGUGGCAGAGCUUUGACCCACUUUGCACUUAUCGUGGUGGUGCUCCAGAGACCUCCAUAUUAUAGUUGAGAUGUGGAUUCCUGUGUAGCAAUUAUUUUCUCAUGCACAAGUACAGCAUAAGUUAAAUGAAGGUGCUUUCUGGAAAAAAUGUUGAGUACUGAAAUCCUGAACUGCUAGCAGAACAAGGAAGUGAUUGUUCUUUACUUCUUCAGUCAUCAGGCUUUUGCUGACAAUUAUUUUGGCAUGCAUAGCACAUACACACACAAUGACUGACUAUACAUUUGUGGAACCUUCUGAAAAAAUGAGGAUUAUCCUGUUGUGGGAUUCUGCAGCCCUGUCUGAUGCCUACUGUGACAGAAAAUAAGGUCUAAUAGAGUAAGUCUAGUUUUAGUUUUAUAGCACACUCCCAGAACAUUUACUGGCAGCAGAUACAGUGAUACCAUUUUAAAGUUUACUCCUUUGAUAUCUUCCAUCAGAUCUGAAAAAGGAGUCUGUUCCAAACAGAUAUUUGGGGCUUCUUGGCUGAAGCAUCUUCCCAAUCUUUUGACAAAUUCAAUGUCUCAACACUGAAUCUAACACCCACCACCCCUAAAAUACUGUCAAAGCAAGUGGCUUUCUUUAGAAAUGCCCUUUUUCCAAGCUUGGGAUGCUGCAAAUUCCUCUUCAGAUGCAUUAAGUCUAGCUUGUGGGAGGAUCUGAUGAUGUCCUCUCUUUUCAUCUUCAUCUGUAGCAUAUCACUUGUUCCUGCCCUGUAGCCUUGGUGGCUGAUCCCCUCUGCACACCCUCCUCUGGCUGCCUAUGGGUAUUAACGAGACUGCAGAGUGAGUUUUUGUGCUCCUGCUGGUCCUGGAAGCUGCCACAAGCAAAGGCUGGAAAGUCAAAUCAUGCCGCCGGAUCAUGUGGUGAUCAGACACCUGGAGAUAGCUUGACACUGGCAAGUUCUUGAACCUCUGAGAAGCAAUAGGAGAUGCAAUAUAGAACGUCUCAGACACAUCCAUGGUACAUACCACAUACCACGGAUUUGCUACAUACCCUUCAGCAGCUCGUACCACCUCUUUUAUUAUUCCUUCAUAUACCGUCACCAUUUAAAGUCACUCUACUGGGAAUGCAAACCGGAUCAAAGAGUUCCAGUAAAUGGUGAUGUCCAGCUUCCACUGGAAGAUUAUGAAGCACGAGCAGCCCCUAAGACUGUAGGUGACUUUUUUUGCAAGGGCCUGACUUUUUUCAACCAGUUUGUAUUACCUGUCAAGAAUUUUCAUGUUGACUCUUGGAAACCUGCUGCAGAGUCUUCCCUGUUUACUAUUCAGUGCUGUUUUCAUCUUCCUUUAGCAGGUUGAAGUUCAUGAGUUCGCCCAGCCUCAGUGAUCUGGGCAAGAGAGAGCAGGCAGCCUUGGAUGAGCGGGGGAGCCAGCAGCGCCGGGCCUGCUCCAACGCUACCUGGAACAGUAUCCACAAUGGAGUGAUAGCAGUGUUCCAGCGUAAGGGUCUCCCAGACCACGAGCUGUACAACCUCAAUGAAGGAGUCAGGCAGUUACUGAAAACAGAACUGGGAUCAUUUUUCACUGAGUAUCUGCAGAAUCAGCUGCUCACAAAAGGCAUGGUGAUCCUAAGGGACAAGAUCCGGUUUUAUGAAGGGCAGAAGCUACUGGAUACCUUAGCUGAAACCUGGGAUUUUUUCUUCAGUGAUGUCCUGCCCAUGCUGCAGGCUAUUUUCUAUCCUGUGCAGGGAAAGGAGCCCUCAGUUCGGCAAUUGGCUCUUCUGCAUUUUAGGAAUAUAAUUACCCUCAAUAUCAAAUUGGAAGAUGCAUUAUCCCGUUCCAGAGCCAGAGUUCCACCCUCUAUUAUUCAGAUGCUGUUAAUACUUCAGGGGGUUCAUGAAUCGAAAGGUGUGUCUGAAGAUUAUUUGAAGCUGGAAUCCCUGAUCCAGAAGGUUGUUUCUCCUUACUUGGGCACGUACGGUCUGUAUUCCAGUGACGGACCCUUCAUGCACUCUGCCUGUAUCUUGGAGAAGCGGUUCUUCAGACGUUCCAAGUCGGGUGACAUCCUUGCCAAGAACCCCGUGGUGCGAUCAAAGAGCUACAACAAUCCACUGCUGACGCCGGUGGCCGAGUAUGAAACAGAGAGCAUGGCUGCCAACGGAGCCGGCAUCCGAAGGCACUCCGUCUCAGAAAUGACCUCCUGCUUGGAGCUCCAGGGCUACUCCAACCUCACCACCGUCAUGGACAACGGUUCCAAGAGCUCCGUGACAACCGCGAAAAGCUCACUGCCCGGAGACCAGGAGAGGCCCAGCCCUGGGUCAGUGCAGUGCACCAGCAAACUCAGCACAGCUGAGCAACAGAAAGGAUUCUUCCACUCACUUGGUGACCCACACAGGUCUUUUGAGCUAGGCAGAGACACUUCCUUACUUCCAGUUCCCUCUUCUAGCCCUGAGAACAUAGUGGAUCAGAUUUUGGAGUCUAUGGACUCUGAUUCUGAAGGCAUUUUCAUUGAUUUUGGCCGAGGCUGUUCCAGUUCAUCAGCGUACAAUGUGGAUGUGAACAGGCAGAGCAUUGUGUGAAGGAUAUUAGGAGACAAACUGUGGAGUUUUAUAUUAUAUAUGAAAGUUACUAAGACGGUGUGUCAGACUAUGGGCAAGCUGGCCAUGCCUGGGGAGAUUUAAGGCAGAUUUGCCAGGUCAUCAUGGCUAUACUGAGCAAACGCCGCUUGUUUAUAGCAGGAGGGAAUCUGCUGAGGGGGAAGCAACUCCAACCGCUUUUCCCCAUCCCUGUCACCCUGCAGAUGGAUUUGCUCUUUCUUUAUCAACUUAGGAGUUCACAAACUCACAAGUGUCUGGGAAAAUAUGAUUAGUGCAGCUGGCAGUGUUUGUUCAGGAAAACAGCUCAGCAAAUAGCUUUGCUCACUUCUGAUUUUCUAAAGAGGUUUCCUGCAGAUGGUAGGUUAUUCUCUGAACUGUAACACCUCAGCCAGAGUAGAAACAUAUCCUUGAAAAACAAACCAACAAACAAAUACAAAAGGCUUUGGGCUUUCAUGCCACAGAAUACAACAAUAAAAAAGUCUCUUUUAAUAUUUUUCUUGUACAUCCUUGUAUGCACUCCUUUGCCUAAUAGUGAUAAAGGCAAAUAAAGAGAAAUGCGCUUCCUGAUGUCA